AUGUUAAACAUUAUGAAUGAAGGCAAGACGAAUAAAAACACUACCGGAAAACAUGAUAUACCAACAAUACAUGAAGAACUUGACAUACCCGCAGAGCUACAAAAUAAGCUUGAUAUGUCUUUAAUUGAAAGUAGUGAUUCAUCAAGGAAGAGUUCAACGAAUAAGGAAACUACUGAUAUAAGUCCGAAUAAAAACAAUCUAUGGAUAUACUCCCGAAAUUCAGAUGACAGGCUUUCCAUAAAAUCGUCAUCAUCUAUUGAUUCCCUGAAUAUGCUAUUAGAGAAACAGAGGCUACGACAAUUAAAUCAUCCUUUACAUCAACAGCAUCUAAGGUCUACAAGUACUAAUGGUAGUGCUAGCAGUACUAGUAGUAAAAAUAAAGUAAAAGAAACGAAUCAAAUUUCAUUGACAUACGAUCCUGUAUCAAAGCGUAAAGUAUUAAACACUUACGAGAUUAUCGGAGAGCUGGGACAUGGUCAACAUGGUAAAGUUAAAUUGGCUAAAGAUCUUUUAACAAACGAUUUAGUGGCCAUCAAAAUUGUGGAUAGACAUGAAAAUUCAUCAAAGUCUUUGUUUCUGUCGAAUAAAAAAAUCGCAUCAAAUGACAAGAUUAAAAAGGAGAUUGCCAUCAUGAAAAAAUUGCAUCAUAAACAUGUAGUGAAAUUAAUAGAGGUAUUGGACGACUUGAAAUCCAGGAAGAUUUAUCUCGUACUUGAAUAUUGUUCAAAUGGAGAGAUCAAAUGGUGCAAUGACGAAUUGGAAAUGAAGGCUAAGGGCCCACCUGUGUUAAGCUUCCAGGCUACCAGAGAAAUUAUUAGAGGUGUCAUCAUGGGUUUAGAAUACCUUCAUUAUCAGGGCAUUAUCCACAGAGACAUCAAACCAGCAAAUCUUUUAGUGGACGAAGAUGGUAUUGUCAAAAUUUCAGAUUUUGGGGUUUCAUUAGCAUCCACAACGAUAAUGCAACAAAGUACACAUAAUCUUGACGACAGUAAAGAUGAAAAUGACAAUGUAGACGAAUUGGAGUUAGCUAAAACUGCAGGAACCCCAGCUUUUUUUGCUCCAGAAAUUUGUCUUGGUGAUGAAGUUUUUGAAAAAUAUAAUUUCGAUAGAAGCGAAUUGUUUAGUGGUUCAUGUGUCUCAUUGAUGAUUGAUAUUUGGGCACUAGGUGUGACACUGUAUUGUCUUUUGUUUGGUAAGUUACCUUUCAUUUCCGACUAUGAGCUAGAAUUAUUCGAAAAAAUUGUAAAUGACGCUGUAACCUAUCCAACAUACGAUGAAAUAGCGAAUAAUGGAAUUUCAAAUGUCAGUGGGAAGGAAGAAUAUGAUAUGGCUAUAGAUCUGCUAAACAAGUUACUGGAAAAGGAUCCUUCUAAAAGAAUUCGAAUCUGUGAUAUUAAAAAACAUUCUUUUAUCUGUUGGGAUUUCAACCAUAUUCCUGGUUAUAGCGAUCAAUUAAUUGCUUCAAAAUUAGAAGGUAAAGAGAACUUCCAAAAGAGUCAAGCGGAUUUAGUGGCACAGAUAUCAGUAACGAAGCAUGAUCUGAGAGAUGCAGUUUCCGGUAUAGGUAAGAAGAUAAAAGAAUCUGUACUGAAAAAGAUACCACUGAAACAUUAUAAUACUACUAGUACUAAAAGUGGAAAUAAGCUAAUGCUAUCAAGUUCUCCUAUAAAUACAUUGCUAACGUCGGAAUCAACGUCACCAACAUCAACAGUAUCCAAUUCUUCAUAUAAUGUGUUGAUGAAUCCAGGUUUGAAAACUCUCAAGGAUAAUGAUAUGAGUGUAUUACUAAGUGAAGGAUCUGUGCUGAGUGGUCUUGAAUCAAAAGAAUACACAAUAACAAAUACAAAGACUUCAAAUCGACUGUUCAAUUCGGACCAAUCAUUUUCUAAUAUGAGCGAGGUAUUUGAGAAUUAUCAGGCGAAUAGUCGUGACACAGGAAACGCCAAUAUCACUUCUUCGCAAUCAUCCUUGUUACAACUACCGGAAGCUACACACAACUCACCUUCAUCACAAGAGAUGGAGGAAGAAAAAGAAGAAGGAGAAAAGGAACAGAAGGAGGAAGAGAAAGUAAAUGAAGCAGAAGAAGGGCAACAACAAUAUUAUGACUAUGACAAUGAUGAUGACGAAAAUAUUCCAGAAUAUCAAGCCGAAUUAAAGAAAUUUGAAGAGAGAAGGGGAAUGAGAGACAAUAAUAAUAACGUUGUAAGUCUACCUAUAAAUUCAUCUUUUGCGUCAUUGGAUUCUUUCUAUAUUGAUAACUAUGCUUUAGCUAAGAUGGGGAUGUCAGAUACUAACGUCUUUACGAAUAAUAACUCAAGAGAACCAGAGAGUAAUUUACCUUCAGGAAGAAAUCCAAAAUCGCCAAUUGAUAUAACUUUUCUAGGGUCUUCAAGGAGUGAACGAACGUCUUCUCAGAGAAGUUUGCAAACCAAGCCUUUUGCUCCACCAAGAAGAAUACGAAGAGGAAAUUUUGUGGAUAGCUUAAAUGAAAGCUCCUCCUCUUCCUCUACCUCUUCAAGUUCAUCUUGUACGUCAAGUUCAGGGUCUGAUUCAGAAUCAGAAGCGGAAUGCCCGAAGUUUGCCAUCGAAGAUGGUAGUUUGGUAUCAAUUAACUUUAAUGGUUUGAAUAAUGGCUAUAGUAGCCAUAUAAGAGAUAGUCCUCCUAAUAAUGAGCGUACUAAAAGAGCAUGA